AUGCGUCUUCGCAAACAGCAGAAGGCUCUCAAAACCCGCGGUGUUGAGAUGCUGCGUCGUGGUCUGAAAUCUUUGGACGAAUUGGAUGAAGCAGAGGAGAAGGAGUGUAGGGAGGCAGAGGUCAAAGGGACUCUCUUGCACAGCCCUUCUACUGCCGUUUCCGAGGGUGCUGCCCCUGACCAGGACCUUUUUGUGGCCCUGUCUCCUGGCUUCUUUGAUCGCUUGGGUGUCGACGGCGAAACGCCUCCAAAACAAAACCAAUACCCAGACGAUCGCGUAGGAACCCAUUCCGCGACGAUGCCGGUGCCCCCUCCUCCCGGGGCCCUUACUGCAGCCUUCCGCACUUUGUGCAUGCGCUGCGUCCGCCGCAAGGCGAAGGUGGGAGCGGGCGAGCCCGCCCACGACUGUGUUUGGAGCGCCUCGAGCUCCAAAUGCAACCACUGUGUGGGCCAAAAGGCCAAUUGUGUUCCGAUGGCCUGGUUCCUAGCCGACGAAUACCAGGCGAUUGUCGACGCCGAAACGUCAACCAACCCCGAUCCCGCCGCCGCGAAGGCUGCUGCCGCGGAGGCAGUUCGGGUGGCCAACCUCACGGCCGCCAAUAUGCCGAAGUUUCGCUCUCCGGCCGAGGCUUCGGCCUACAUGGAGAGCAUGGCUCUCCGCAACGCCGUCGAGGACGGCCUGCGCCGUGUCCGCCAGGCGGUGACAGCGGUGGGGAGGGAUACGGCCGCGCUCCUCGAGGGGCAGGGCUCCUUGCUGGAGGGCCUGGAGUCCUCCCUGAAGGGGGUGGGGAAAUCGGUGGUGGCGGCGGUGGACAAGGUGUCCGUGGCCGUGGCGGCGGGGCCCCGCGGCCAGAAGAGAAAGAGGGGGGAGGAAGAUGGGGAUGAGGCGGCGGAGGGGACGUUCUCCGCGCCCAUUGGAUGA